AUGAAUCCUUUAACUGUAAAACGCGGAGGACUGCGUUCUUCCUUUACCAAGACUGUUAAUGUUUUGAAAAGCGAAAUUGGUAAGGAUGAUUUUUCAGCAGGUAUAAUUAAAGAUAAAUUUGCAAAGUUGCAAAUGUUACAGAAAGAUAUUGAGGAACUUAACGAGCAGAUUUUGAAUUUUAUAAUUUCGACUGAUGUAACGCCUGAAAAAGUUACCGAUGAAAUGGAAAGCUGGGAUAUUUAUAAGGAUGAAUUUAUUACCAUUUCUCGCUUAGUUAGUGAGAAAUUAGGUGCCUUAGAACAGAUAAAUUUAGAAACUAGGUCGCAAGUUAGUGUUUCUAGUAAUUCACCUCGUAAUACUAGAUCGUUAAAGCUCCCGAAAAUAGAGCUUAAGAAGUUCGGUGGAGAAUUAUUGAACUGGCUUCCAUUUUGGUCACAGUUCGAAAAAAUACACGAGGACCCUGAUUUGCCCGAAAGUGACAAAUUUCAGUAUCUUGUGCAAAGCAUGAAACAAGAGACGCGAGCUAGAGACUUUAUUGACCCAAUGUCUGCGAAAAAUUAUUCAAAAGCUAUUAGUGCUCGCACAAAUAAGAGCUCUCGAAUCUUUAGAUAUUAA